UUGUUGACCAGAUCUCAAGAAACCCAACAAUGAUCAUUCAUCAUCAUCAUCAUUCCUUCAUUCCCUUUUUUCUCUUCAACAAAACAAACUUGCUUUAAACUCAAACCUCAACCACUCAACAAUCAUCUAAUUUUUCACCUCCGUAUACCAUUUCACAAAAUAAGCCCCCUAAACUCCCCAUUAAUGGAGCUGUUCAACAAACUCUAACAUUCCCUAUCUCUCUUCUUAUAACUCCUUCCUCUCCUUAAUUCUCACCUCGCCUUAAGCUUCCUGAAGAUGGGAAACGUCACCUCCGUCGUCUCCGGUGUCGGGAAAGUAGUUCUCUCUAAUGGUUCCAUUCAAGAAUUCAAUGAGCCGUUCACAGUGGCUGAGUUGAUGCUUGAACAUCCACGUCAAGUUGUCGUCGAGAUUUCUAAGAGCACCGUCGUAGGAAAACGACCUACUCCGUUGCCAGCCGAUGAAAAACUCAACUCGAACAAGGUUUAUAUGAUGCUACCCAUAAGAGGAGGCAAGCCAGCAUCAUUGUCGUCGGAAGAUAUCCGUCGUGUUCUUCUAUGUGCAAACUCGGCUUUACGGUCGCGCUCUCUCCUCCUUUCAUCUUCUAAGGUUCUCCCUUGGUUUGCGAGGGCAUGCACGGCAACGACAACAACGGCGUCGACAACAACAAGAGAGUACCGAGCAGAUACUAAAAAGGAAUUAGAUGUUGUGAAGAUGGAAGGAGAGGAAGUUGAAUGGGAAACGGUGGAGGGAAGGCCGGAGUAUUUGAGCAGACAGUUAUCGGGCAGAGGUUGGAAGCCAAGUUUGGAUACAAUUAAGGAGAAGAAAUUUGAGAAGAAACUUUCUCAUUGGUUGUUCAAAUUUUGACGAAGGCUUUUGGGAAGGCAUUAUGUCACAUAUUGUGCAUUAUUAUUAGUAUUAAGGUGCUUUCUAUAUAAUGAAUAUAUUUGAAAAGAGAUAUAGGGUUGAUAUUAUUGUUCCCCUGUUGUUUCUGUUUUUUAUUUUAACAUUGAUAUUAUAUUGUUGGUAGUACAUACGACGUUAGAGAAACGAACCUUUGACUUUGAAGUUUGAUAGUACAAAGGUUAUAUCAAUUGAGUGGUACUCACUUGACAUGUUUAUAUUUGUUUGUUAAAAGAGAGGAUAUAUUGAUCGAUAUAAAAUAGAUUAAACUUGAACAA